CAUGCAUAUUGAAAAUCCUAUUUACUCUUCAAUAUAAACUCCAUAUACUCAACCUUAUAUGGCACCUACAGCCAAUAUGUAAAGAAAAGAAAUUGGAGAUUAAGCUAUAUGGACACUCUCAUCUGCAAAAAGUGGUAAUGGAGUAGAUCAGUUAAGGGAUGAUAAUUUGAAUACCUUUUGGUAAUCUGAUGGAACAUAACCACACUAUUUAACAAUAUAAUUUCUUAAGAAAAUGAGAGUCUAGGAAAUUGCCUUAUAUUUAGAUUUCAAAUAAGAUGAAAGUUAUACUCCAAAUAAACUAUCCAUUAGAACUGGAACUAAUAUUCAAGAUAUGAAGGUAUUUUAGAUAAUUAGAAUAAGGAAGUUUAAUUUAUUGAAUUGAAAGAACCUUAUGGAUGGUAUGUAUUUGCACUAAAGACUAAAUUGUUAAAUGGUUAAGAGAAGUAAUAGUAUUGAUUAAGUUAGACCAUAUGUUUCUACAAUAAAUGUUUAAAUUGUAGUUUUAUAAAAUUAACAUAGUGGAAAAGAUACACAUAUCAGAUAAGUUAAAAUAUUUGGACCAAGAGAGUAAUAAAUUUAAUAGUUAUUAUUUUAGGAAACAAAAUCAAGGUUUAAGUUUUCCUGAUUUUAAAACCCCUGAACUUACUUAAUAUGCUUCAAUUCGUUGA